UGCACGAGCAUCGACAUCGAGGACGCCACGCAGCACCUACGGGACAUUCUCAAGCUGGACCGGCCCGCGGGGGGCUCCAGUGCAGAGAACCAGCGGCCAUCCAACGGCUACAAUGGGGAUCUCAACGGGCUCCUGGUUCCAGACCCCCUCAGCUCAGGUGAUGGUACCUCAACAAGCAAGCCUGGUCUCCGAGCCAUGCCACCCAUUAACCUGCAGGAGAAGCAGGUCAUCUACCUCUCGGGAGACGACAGUUCCACUUGCAUUGGAAUUUUAGCCAAGGAAGUGGAGAUUGUGGCCAGCAGUGACUCCAGCAUUUCCAGCAAAGCACGGGGAAGCAACAAGGUAAAAAUCCAGCCUGUAGCCAAGUACGACUGGGAGCAGAAAUACUAUUAUGGCAAUCUGAUUGCUGUGUCCAACUCCUUCUUGGCUUAUGCCAUUCGGGCUGCCAACAAUGGUUCAGCAAUGGUACGAGUAAUCAGUGUCAGCACAUCGGAGCGGACCCUGCUCAAGGGCUUCACAGGCAGUGUUGCUGAUCUGGCCUUUGCACACCUCAACUCCCCACAGCUGGCCUGCCUAGAUGAGGCAGGCAACCUGUUUGUAUGGCGCUUGGCUCUAAUUAAUGGCAAAAUUCAAGAAGAGAUCUUGGUCCACAUCCGGCAGCCGGAAGGCACACCACUGAACCACUUCCGCAGGAUCAUCUGGUGCCCUUUCAUCCCCGAAGAGAGCGAGGACUGCUGCGAAGAGGGCAGCCCAACGGUGGCCCUGCUUCAUGAGGACCGGGCUGAGGUGUGGGACCUGGACAUGGUGCGCUCCAGCCACAGCACUUGGCCUCUGGAUGCUAGCCAGAUCAAACAGGGCUUCAUCGUGGUGAAAGGCCACAGCACAUGCCUGAGUGAAGGGGCCCUCUCUCCUGAUGGAACUGUCCUAGCUACUGCCAGCCAUGAUGGCUAUGUCAAGUUUUGGCAGAUUUACAUUGAAGGGCAGGAUGAACCAAGGUGUCUUCAUGAGUGGAAGCCACAUGAUGGACGGCCCCUUUCCUGCCUCCUGUUCUGUGACAAUCACAAGAAGCAGGACCCUGAGGUCCCAUUCUGGAGGUUCCUCAUUACUGGUGCUGACCAGAAUCGAGAGCUAAAGAUGUGGUGCACAGUGUCCUGGACUUGCCUGCAGACCAUUCGCUUCUCCCCAGAUAUCUUCAGUUCAGUGAAUGUGCCCCCGAGCCUUAAGGUUUGCUUGGACCUUUCGGCAGAGUACUUGAUUCUCAGUGAUGUGCAACGGAAGGUUCUCUAUGUGAUGGAACUGCUGCAGAACCAGGAGGAGGGCCACGCCUGCUUCAGCUCUAUCUCUGAGUUCCUGCUUACCCAUCCUGUGCUGAGCUUUGGCAUCCAGGUUGUGAGUCGUUGCCGGCUACGGCACACCGAGGUGCUUCCUGCAGAGGAAGAAAACGAUGGUCUGGGAGCUGAUGGUGCCCAAGGAGUUGGGACCGUGGAGUCUGCAGCCGGUGUGCUCAUCAAGCUCUUCUGUGUGCAUACCAAGGCCUUGCAAGAUGUGCAGAUUCGCUUCCAGCCUCAGCUGAACCCUGAUGUGGUAGCCCCACUCCCCGUCCACACUGCCCACGAGGACUUUGCAUUUGGAGAGUCUCAGCCUGAGCUGGGCCCUGAGGGCCUGGGAUCCACUGCUCACGGCUCACAGCCCGACUUGCGCCGCAUUGUAGAGCUGCCAGCACCUGCAGACUUCCUAAGUCUGAGCAGUGAGCCCAAGCCCAAACUCAUGACACCUGAUGCCUUCAUGACACCCAGUGCUUCCCUGCAGCAGAUUACUGCACCUGCCGGCAGCGGUGGUAGUAGCAGCAGUAGUAGCAGUAGUAGCAGCUCUUCUCUAACAGCUGUGUCCGCUGGGAGUAGCACCUUGGCCAUGGAGCCCUCUUUGCCCAGACCACCUGAGGAGCUGACCUUGAGUCCCAAGCUGCAGCUAGAUGGCAGCCUGACCAUAAGCAGCAGUAGCCUGCAAGCAAGUCCUCGAAGUCUCCUGCCAGGCCUGCUCCCAAGCCCAGGCGACAAGCUGACAAAUAAGGGGCCUGUGCAGGUACCUACUGCUGCCUCGUCAUUGUCCCUGGAGCUACAGGAGGUGGAACCUCUGGGGCUGCCCCAGGCCUCUCCCAGCCGGACUCGCUCCCCUGAUGUUAUCUCCUCAGCUUCUACUGCCCUGUCCCAAGACAUCCCUGAGAUUGCAUCUGAGGCCCUCUCCCGGGGCUUUGGCUCCUCUGCUCCUGAGGGCCUUGAGCCAGACUGUAUGGCUUCAGCUGCCUCAGCACUCCACCUUCUGUCUCCCCGGCCCAGGCCAGGCCCUGAGCUGGGCCCACAGCUUGGUCUGGAUGGAGCCACUGGGGAUAGUGAUCGACACAAUACUCCCUCCCUCCUGGAGGCAGCCUUGACCCAAGAGAGUGCAACCCCUGACAGUCAGGUGUGGCCUACAGCCCCUGACAUUACCCGUGAAACCUGCAGCAGCCUGGCAGAGAGCCCCAGAAAUGGCAUCCAGGAGAAACACAAGAGCCUGGCCUUCCACCGGCCCCCAUACCACCUCCUACAGCAGCAUGACAGCCAGGAUGCCAGUGCCGAGCAAAGUGACCAUGAUGACGAAGUGGCCAGCCUUGCCUCUGCCUCAGGGGGCUUUAGCACCAAAGUUCCUACUCCACGGCUGCCUGCCAAGGACUGGAAGACUAAAGGGUCCCCUCGGUCCUCACCCAAGCUCAAAAGGAAGAGCAAGAAGGAUGAUGGGAAUUCAGCUGUGGGACCCCGGCUUACGGAGCACCUGGUUGGAGAGCCCCCUGAGGACUGGCCAGCAAUCAUUUGGCAACAGCAAAGAGAGCUGGCAGAGCUUCGGGACACUCAAGAAGAGCUGUUGCGGCGCGUGUGCAGCCAGCUGGAAGGCCUACAGAGCACCGUCACAGGUCACGUCGAACGAGCCUUGGAGACUCGGCAUGAGCAGGAGCAGCGGCGGUUAGAGCGGGCACUGGCGGAGGGGCAGCAGCGAGGUGGACAGUUGCAGGAGCAGCUGACGCAACAGCUGUCCCAGGCACUGUCUUCAGCUGUGGCUGGGCGGCUGGAGCGCAGCAUCCGUGACGAGAUCAAGAAGACAGUGCCUCCAUGUGUCUCCAGGAGCUUGGAGCCUGUGGCAGGCCAGCUGAGCAGCUCAGUGGCCACCAAGCUAACAGCCGUUGAGGGUACCAUGAAAGAAAACAUCUCCAAACUUCUCAAGUCCAAGAACCUGACAGAUGCCAUAGCCCGUGCAGCAGCAGACACGUUACAAGGACCGAUGCAGGCCGCCUACCGCGAAGCCUUCCAGAGCGUGGUGCUGCCUGCCUUUGAGAAGAGCUGCCAGGCCAUGUUCCAGCAGAUCAAUGAUAGCUUCCGGCUAGGCACACAGGAAUACUUGCAGCAGCUGGAGAGCCACAUGAAGAGUAGGAAGGCACGAGAACAAGAAGCACGGGAGCCAGUGCUGGCCCAACUGCGAGGUCUGGUCAGCACACUACAGGGCGCCACCGAGCAGAUGGCAGCCACUGUGUCCAGCAGCGUCCGGGCUGAAGUGCAGCACCAGCUGCAUGUGGCUGUGGGCAGCCUACAGGAAUCCAUUUUGGCCCAGGUACAGCGCAUUGUAAAGGGUGAGGUGAGUGUGGCACUCAAAGAACAGCAGGCUGCCGUCACAUCCAGCAUCAUGCAAGCCAUGCGCUCAGCUGCUGCUACACCAGUCCCUGCUACCCACCUUGACAGCCAGGCCCAGCAAGCACACAUCCUACAGCUGCUGCAGCAGGGCCACCUCAAUCAGGCCUUCCAGCAGGCCCUGACAGCUGCAGAUUUGAACCUGGUGCUGUAUGUGUGUGAAACUGUGGACCCAGGCCAGGUUUUUGGGCAGCCUCCCUGCCCUCUCUCCCAGCCUGUGCUCCUCUCCCUCAUCCAGCAACUAGCCUCUGACCUUGGCACUCGAACUGACCUCAAGCUCAGCUACCUGGAGGAGGCCGUGAUGCACUUGGACCACAGUGACCCCAUCACUCGGGACCACAUGGGCUCUGUCAUGGCCCAGGUGCGCCAGAAGCUCUUCCAGUUUUUGCAGGCUGAGCCACACAACUCACUUGGCAAAGCGGCCCGUCGUCUCAGCCUCAUGCUACAUGGCCUUGUAGCCCCCAGCCUCCCGUAG